AUGAGGGAGCGGAUCAACACUUUCGAGACAGUUCUGAAUGUAGAUCAGUUUCUGCUGUACGGUGAGUACAGGGAGCAGCUGGGGAACUUUGCCCGACGGGAGGCUGCCCGUUUGCUGACAGAGAGACAAUGGAGGAGACAGGCAGGGGACAACACCACCGCCUCGGGCCGCAAAGGCCACAGCCGGCGGCAUCAUCAUCAUCAUCACCAUCAUCACCCUGUGACCCUGGAGUCACAUCACAGCCACGCCUCAUCAACCAAGAAGCCUCGUCCCUACUCCAAAUGCCAAGAUUGUUUGGCUCGUGUGCGGCGGUACAUUGUGACCAAGAUGGGGGAGGACUGGAUUUUCCUGGUUCUUCUGGGACUGACUAUGGCUCUGGUCAGCUGGAGUAUGGACUAUGCCAGUGCCAAGAGCCUGCAAGCCUAUAAGUGGAUUCAUGGGGAGCUUAAAGGCAAUGUGCCGCUCCAGUACCUUGCCUGGGUUACGUAUCCCAUGAUCCUCGUCAUGUUCGCCUCACUCUUCUGUCACCUGGUAUCCCCACAAGCCAUUGGUUCUGGUAUCCCUGAGCUGAAAACCAUCCUUAGAGGUGUAGUCCUGAAGGAGUAUCUUACCCUGAAAGCCUUCAUAGCUAAAGUCAUCGGUCUGACUGCUGGCCUUGGUAGUGGAAUGCCAGUGGGCAAAGAGGGUCCGUUUGUCCACAUCGCCAGUAUCUGUGCCGCUGUGCUGAGUCGAUUCAUGUCCAUCUUCUCUGGAGUCUAUGAGAACCCUUAUGGUUACACAGAUAUACUGACUGUUGGCUGUGCCGUUGGGGUGGGAUGCUGUUUCGGCACUCCACUAGGAGGGGUGUUGUUCAGUAUCGAGGUCACAUCUACCUACUUUGCGGUGAGGAAUUACUGGCGGGGAUACUUUGCCGCCACGUUCAGCGCCUUCAUAUUCAGGGUGCUCUCUGUUUGGAACAAGGAUGCUGUCACAAUCACAGCUCUCUUCAAAACUAACUUCAGGAUGGAUUUCCCCUUUGACCUGCAGGAGCUGCCUGCAUUCGCAAUAAUAGGGAUUUCAUGCGGCUUCUUGGGGGCGUUCUUCGUCUACCUGAACAGACAGGUGGUUCUCUUCAUGAGAAGACCGACAGCUCUCACACGCUUCCUAACCAAGCAUCGAUUGAUCUAUCCAGGUGCAGUGACACUGAUCAUCGCCACCUUCACGUUUCCUCCUGGAUUUGGACAGUUUAUGGCUGGAGAGCUGAUGCCCAGAGAGUGUAUCAACUCCCUGUUUGAUAAUUUCACCUGGACCAAAAUCUCAGGAUCUCCUGCUCCACCCGGCCUGGGUCGCUCGUCUUCAUGGCUGCAUCCUCACGUCAGCGUCUUCGUCGUCCUCCUCCUCUUCUUCAUCAUGAAGUUCUGGAUGUCAGCAGUUUCCACCACGAUGCCCAUCCCCUCGGGCGCCUUUAUGCCAGUGUUCAUAUUAGGGGCUGCUUUCGGUCGCCUUGUAGGAGAGAUCAUGGCCACUCUGUUCCCAAAUGGAAUCCUGUUUGACGGGAUAGUCUACCGCAUCCUGCCAGGAGGUUACGCUGUCAUUGGAGCAGCCGCAAUGACGGGAGCCGUCACACACACAGUUUCCACAGCAGUAAUCUGCUUUGAGCUGACUGGUCAAAUCUCCCACAUUUUACCCAUGAUGGUGGCGGUCAUCCUAGCAAACAUGGUGGCCCAGGGUCUGCAGCCUUCUCUCUAUGACUCCAUCAUCCAGGUGAAGAAGCUGCCCUACCUGCCUGAGCUGGCCCUCGGGCACAUCAGCAAGUAUAACAUCUUUGUGGAAGACAUCAUGGUGCGCAAAGUGAAGUUCUUGUCUUCUCAAUCCACUUUUCGGGAAUUGAACCAUCUGCUAGAGACCACGACCCUGAAAACCAUCCCGCUGGUAGACUCUACAGAAUCCAUGAUUCUGCUGGGCUCAAUCGAGAGAACAGAGCUUCAGGCCAUGUUAGACUGGUGGCUCUCACCAGAGAGACGAGUCUUUGAAACAGGUCAGAGUUCACCGGGCCAGGGCUCCAAAGUCAGCUGGGAGUCCUUCACCUUCGUUGAUGAGGAUGGGGGAGAGGAGAGCGCAGACAAGACGGCUCCAGUCCAGGAAGAAUGCAAUGGGCCCAUCCCGUCCCCCAAACUUCAGGAGGCCGCCACCAACCACACAGGCUUAGACAAGCGCAAGCUGCCAUCUGUCAGGAGGACCCUUCAGAGACUAUUCUCCUCCACGUCUUCAUCAGGCCAGACUGAAACUCAGGACACCAUGCCACCUCCACUGACUGACACCAUGUCACCAGAGGAGAUCAAAGCCUGGGAAGAGGCAGCGCUGGACAAACCAGUCGAUAUGGAGCAGAUACGUAUAGAUCCCUCCCCAUUUCAGCUGGUGGAAAGAACUUCGCUGCACAAGACCCACACUCUGUUCUCUCUGCUGGGUCUCAGUCACGCCUAUGUCACCAGUAUUGGAAAGCUGGUGGGUGUCGUGGCACUGAAAGAGUUACAGAAGGCUAUAGAGGGUUCAACUCGUAGUGGGGUGAGGCUUCGACCCCCUCUCGCCAGCUUCAGAGAUGCCAGCAGGAAAACCAAGAAGCACCAGCCUCCCUCAUCCGCCCCUUCCUCCCCCACUCGGGACAGAGACCUGUGGGGGGAGGGGAGCAGAAAUGAGGGGGAGUUGGUGAGGAAGGAGUCCAAAGAGGAUUCCCAAGGAAAAGCGUCGUCUUCCAGAGGAGCUGCUGGGUGUGACACUGUUCCCUCCUCCCCCAGCAGCGUGGGGAGCACCAGUGGCAGCUCCGCCACCACAAGAGGAGCUGAUGGGGCUCCUCAGGCACCAGCGUCCCCCUCUAUCUCAUCCCCUACCUCACCUUCACCUCCUGCCUCACCUGUGUCACCCACCAGCCCUGUCCUCAAGCUGUCCUCCCUGCAGGAGGACAGAGAGAGCGAGGAGUCAGACGAGCCCAUAUAG